CACCGUAAGUACGCCAGUCAAAAUCGGCGGGGAGAUUUCCGAUUGGAAGGAUUUCGGCUUUCUGUGCAUCCGAGGGGAGCUUAAGCUUGUUGGACCGUCGUUUGCUGAUCCCGAGGUACGUCCUGCGGAACUCCUUGGGAGUGAGAUCCGAGAAUUUUGUGAUGCCGUGGACGGCGGUGGGAUCUAUCAGCUGGUGGCGCUGAGCGCGGAGCAAGUUAGCACUGAAGACGGAGAAUCUGUAGUCGUGCUCCUCCUGGGUAGCGUAGCUUUUGGCGAACUUGGUCUUGAAGAGCGAAAAGUGAUGAUCGGCGUUGAGCAGGUCCUUGGCACCGGUAACAACC